AUGCCCAGUUGUGCAUCUGUUGCAACACCUCUUCCUCAACAACUCAACAGGAAGCAACAACAAUCUGCUCUGUUUGCCAAUCCAAAAUACUUUCGUAGCUUGGCUGAACAUCUGCAAUAUCUUACAUUGACGAGACCGGAUCUACAGUUUUCUGUCAACUAUGUCUGCCAAAAGAUGCAUGAGCCUAUUGUAUCCGACUUCAACCUUCUCAAACGGAUCCUUAGGUACAUCAAAGGAACCACUACUAUGAGUAUCACCUUUGACAAGAACACUGAUUACAAGCUUACGGCGUAUAGUGAUAGUGAUUAUGCUGGCUGUCAGAAAUCUAGCCGCUCAACUGGCGGAUUCUGCACUUUUCUUGGUCGAAAUAUGAUCUCCUGGUCAUCUCGAAAGCAGGACACAGUCUCCAAAAGCUCUACUGAAGCUGAAUACAGGGCAAUGUCCAAAACUGCCUCUAAAAUUACAUGGCUGGUAGCUUUUGGAAAUCUCAUCGUGAAUCAUAUCCCUGCUGAUUAUCAACUAGCCAAUAUAUUCACCAAGUCUCUUCCACAAAGACCCUUCGAGAUUCUACGACUCAAACUUGGCGUUGGCGUGCCACAUACUCCAAGCGAUGUUUACGUUCCACCUUUUCGAGAAAAGCUUGCGCUCGUGAGCACCAAAUUAAUGAAAGUUGAGGCGUGA